GGGCACAACUGCGGCACUGAGAGUGACCUCACACAGAACCUGAAGGCGACCCAAAGGAUAAAACGCGCGCGGGGCGCAUCACGGCGACAGUAUCCAGCCCACAUCUUCUCCUCAGUAGUUUCAUUUGGACUUUGGGUGAAGAUGCCACGAGGAUUUUUAGUGAAACGGAGUAAACGUGCCUCAUCUGCAUCCUACAAGGUGCGAGCGCAAGAAGAAAAAGAACCGCACAAAGAGGACCUGCCAUCCCAAACUCCAAAUGCAAGUGUGCCAGAUGUGCUGGAACCUAUUACAGAAUCAUGGACAAGUGAUGUAAGCUCUAAACAUCUUCUGGAGGACUCUGGAGGGGUUGUUGGAGAGAGCGUCGAUUACGCACAGAGCUACUUCAGCCAUCCGGAGCAGAGCGCGUCAUCUCCGCGCAACAGCACCGACUUUUACAGCCCUAUCAAACCCAUCAGCACGGAGCUUUUGGACAGGUGUCUCAGCUCACCAGCCAUGGCCGAGUCGUUCCCCUUGGCCACCCCGGUGUCUUCAAUCGAGCGUCUGCUAAUGAACCACUCUGAGAUGAAGUUUGUCACACCGGUGCCUUCAUCGGUGCCCACCUACCCUGCCUUUCACCAGUGCGUAAAACGCGCGUUCAUGGACUCAGAGCGCAAAAGCAAACCACCCAAAAAGCCUAAAGUCAUCAGAAAGCUAAAUUUUGAAGACGAAGUCACCACCUCCCCGGUUCUCGGGCUUAAAAUAAAAAAAGAAAGCCCCGAGUCAAAACUUGCACCGCAAAGUGGUAGAAAAAAACCGCUCGGUGAGUUCAUCUGCCAGCUUUGUAAGGAAGAAUACCCUGAUCCGUUUUCUCUAGCCCAGCACAAGUGCUCCAGGAUCAUCCGGGUUGAGUACCGCUGUCCGGAGUGCGACAAAGUUUUCAGCUGUCCCGCCAACCUCGCGUCCCAUCGCAGAUGGCACAAACCUCGCAACCUGAGCACCGGAGACGCGAAGAAGUCUCCGCUGGAGGCGCGCAACCACGAGAAGACCUCAGUGGAUGGGAAGGAGAACGCCAGCAAGCUGAGACUGAACAAUCAGCACCAACUGAGUCCGGACAGCUCCCAACAGCACAGAUCAGCACCGGACAGCAUAAUGAUGCACAGGGGAUCCCAAGACCCUUCUCUGGACCAAAGGUUACCGUCCUCGGAGAAAUGCUUUGAGAUGCGUAUCGGCUCCGCGGACAGCUCGAGGUUGUUCGAUCACUCCCCCGAGGAGCCCGACAGGUCCAGCACCCCCUACCUGCCCUCGUCUGUUCCGGAAGAAGUGUUUGAGUGCCACUACUGCAGCAAGAAGUUCCGCAGGCAAGCCUACCUGAGGAAACACCUGGCCGCGCACGAGACGAUCAAAGCAUCCUCAUACGCUCACAUUGAAAGCGGGCAGAUCACAUUCCCGUGUCACUUGUGCGGAGCGCACUUCCCCUCCGCGGAGAUCAGGGACAAACACCGACUCUGGCACGCGGUCAGAGAUGACUUACUCCUCAGACCUGAUCUGAGUCCUGGAGAACAGCAGAUAUUCUCAUGCAAACACUGUCCCUCCACGUUCUUCAGUUCUCCAGGCUUGACCAGACACAUCAACAAGACUCAUCCCACGGAGAACAGACAGGUGAUGCUCUUACAGAUGGCCGUCAGGCCGGGAUGCUGAUCUCACAAACACUUCAGAUUGUGUCGAACGACUUCUUGUUGAUAUUAUCACUAAUAAUAGGUCCAGUGUCUUUAUGUGGGAAUAUCGAACUUGCAGGUUUUCUUUGUCGACAGCAGAAAUAGUUUAUGUAACCUUUCAUAAUCUUGGGUAUAACUUUAUAACGUCCAUUAAUACAGCAAGUUAUUAACAGACAUUAUAUACAGGGUUCCUUCACUUUUGAGCAUUAAUUUUCCAGUUGACACUCUCUCUAUAUAUGUAUAUACGUAUGUAUGUGUGUGUGUGUGCGUAUAUUAUAUUAUUAUAUUAUAUUAUUAUAUAUAUAUAUAUAUAUACACAUUUAUACACACACACACACACACACACAUACAAUAAUACAUAUAGUCAAAUCAAGAUAUGAGAACUAUAUUAACUAAAGAAAUAGUUCACAUUAACUUUAGAAAUUUCUCACGGUGUUUAUUAUUUGAAAAAUUAAUUACAAAAAAAAAAAAAUCAGAUUUUUUUCAAGUAAUUGUAUCAGAACUGAGAAUAACAAGAAAUCUAGAUGUUAAAUAUUGAAAUUUCUAUGGCUUUUUUAUUUUUAAAAGUAAUUAAAAUACUAUAUAUAUAUACAAUGAUUUUUUUUUCUUGUCAAUUAAAUGUAUCCCAACUGAGAAAACCAAGAAAUAUAGAUGUUAAAUAUUGAAAAUUCUCUUUUUUUUUUUUUUUUUUUUUUUUUUUACAUUUUAAAAGUAAUUUUCAUAAAUUCUUAAUAUUUGUAACUUUUCUGGGCCUGGAAAUCUCAAUUGAAUUUGAAUUUUUAGAUAUUUCCAUGACUAUGUGAACCCUGUAUAUAAUACUUUGCUCAUUUACAUUCAAAUUUGAUUAUUAUAACCACUUUCAGGUUUGCUUCACAUCUAUAUAAAUUAUUACUGAAGAAAUAAACUGUUACUCAUUAAAGGUACUUAAUGUUGCCGGUUUAAUUUAAUUCAUGUUUAUAGCGGGGGAACACCAAAUCUAUCACGCUUGAAACUCAAGGCUCACAGCAGGUUUUUCAUUAAUAUGUCUUUAUAAUAUGGGAAAGUGAAUUAAUAUAUUUUGUGUCUCAUUGUAAAAGUAGCUCCCAUGGAAAGCUUAUGUAUAUUCUCAAUCGUCUUAGAUGGUGCUUUGAUUUCUAGAUCAUAAAGGUACUGUGCAUUUCAACAAUAGCUGCAAAAAAUGUAUUUAUAUCAUAACUGCCAGGAAAUGCCAGAGCAUACAUCAAGACUAUUAGAGGCCUACAUGUAAUAAACCACAAGUGUCAUAUUUAUAUUUUCAUAUGUAGUCAUUUUCAGCUGUUAUGGGAGAAAUGAAGAGGUCAAUAAAUAAAUUCUUCAAAUAUC